CAUGUAUGACGGUGUGGAUGCAGUCGGCAUUGACCAACAGCCUGUGACAAAUUACAAUAAUUGGAGGAUUAUUUUCUUCGUCACCUUCAUACUGCUGAGCUUAAUUCUGCAGAACAUGUUCACCGGAGUGAUGGUGGAGAGCUACAGCAGAUGUCAGCGCGGGCGUCAUCAGUUGGACGACCAUGGAAAUGUGGAGCAGGGAGCAGACAGAGGAGUUGAUCAAACUCUGUGGGCAAAACGACCACCUUUUUACCGGCGCCAAAAAUACUGCAGCAGUUGGUUGGAGAACAAUCCUGCAGAAAAUGGGCCUGGGGGGAAAAGUUGAGCCACAACAGGC